CUCCUCCGGGAUAGAGGGUUGAGUUUUGUAUGCUUCCAUCCCAUUCUGCAAGACGCUAAAGGCCUCUCAUCAACCUCUCCUGUGUCCAGGAACACCGCCAUAGUAAUCAUUUCGUUUAUUUUGUCUUUUGGAGCUGGAGCGCAUUGCCAGAAGUGGUCGAUUCAACUGAAGCUUUUUUGUUGUUGUAAAUGCUUGUUGUAUGAUGACUCCAGCUUGAGGAGCCAUCACCAAAAACAAAAAAAAAGUUUUCUUCAAACGCAUUUCGAAUAAAAACUUGAAUAAAACAGAUGCAACUACAACCAUAUCCUGCUAUUUGAACGACUUCUUCAACGACUAGGAUCACGUUCCAACCAGCUACCGAUAUAGACUACAGUAACCCACUCUGUGAAUUGUUCAUGUCGUGCCAACACAGGACGGGCUCAAGGAGACAGGACUUGUGAACUCAACUGGGACUUUUAUUUCGUUCUACACGUUUUAACUACAACAAACUUAUUUUACUGUUAUUUGUCAACCGCCAAGAAGGAAAGAUUGCUCUUCAACAACUACCUUCCUAUUAUUCUCAUUUGGCUGGAGCGGGUUUGUACGAAACUGUUUUAAUGUUUGGAAUUCAGGAAAAUAUAGGCUUACCUAGAGGAGGGACGACAAUGAAAGAGGAACCGCUGGGCAGCGGGAUGAACUCGGUCCGCUCGUGGAUGCACACAUCUGGGGUAGUGGAUGCGAACACAGCCGCCCAAAGCGGUGUGGGUUUGGCUCGGGCACACUACGAGAAGCAACCACCGUCCAACCUCAGAAAAUCCAACUUUUUCCACUUCGUUCUUGCGUUGUAUGACCGACAAGGACAGCCGGUGGAGAUCGAACGGACAGCCUAUGUGGACUUUGUGGAGAAGGACAAAGAACCAAACAGUGAAAAAACUAACAAUGGGAUUCACUACAAACUCCAGUUACUGUACAGCAACGGUGUCAGAACAGAACAGGAUCUUUUCGUACGAUUAAUCGAUUCCAUGACAAAACAGGCUAUUAUCUAUGAAGGUCAAGACAAAAACCCAGAGAUGUGCCGAGUGCUUCUCACACACGAAAUCAUGUGCAGUCGGUGUUGUGAUAAGAAGAGUUGUGGCAACAGGAACGAGACUCCUUCAGACCCCGUUAUCAUCGACAG